CUCCCGCAAGUCGGGGUCCCGCCACCCGCCCCCGCUGCGGCCCUCUCGCCCGUCUCCCGCCCCUCAAAGCCACAGAUCAUCUUCGGAUUCUUCCCCAGAAGCUUCAAGUAGGGAUAUGUCCUCAGCACCAACUACUCCUCCAUCAGUGGAUAAAGUAGACGGAUUUUCUCGGAAGUCCGUCAGAAAAGCCAGACAGAAGAGGUCGCAAAGUUCCUCACAGUUUAGGUCUCAAGGCAAGCCUAUUGAGUUAACACCUCUGCCACUGCUGAAAGACGUUCCAUCCUCAGAGCAGCCUGAACUGUUCCUAAAGAAACUUCAGCAGUGCUGUGUCAUUUUUGACUUCAUGGACACGCUAUCUGAUCUUAAAAUGAAAGAAUACAAGCGCUCCACUCUUAAUGAACUGGUGGACUACAUUACAAUAAGCAGAGGCUGUUUGACAGAGCAGACUUACCCUGAAGUAGUUAGAAUGGUAUCUUGCAAUAUAUUCAGAACUCUCCCUCCUAGUGACAGCAAUGAAUUUGAUCCAGAAGAAGAUGAACCCACGCUUGAGGCAUCGUGGCCACACUUACAGCUUGUAUAUGAAUUUUUCAUACGAUUUUUGGAAAGCCAAGAAUUCCAACCCAGCAUUGCCAAAAAAUACAUAGAUCAGAAAUUUGUAUUACAGCUUUUGGAGCUAUUUGACAGCGAAGACCCCCGGGAACGGGACUACUUAAAAACAGUCUUACACAGAAUUUAUGGCAAGUUUCUUGGUCUUAGAGCAUUUAUCCGAAAACAGAUUAACAAUAUUUUUCUAAGGUUUGUUUAUGAAACAGAACACUUCAAUGGUGUAGCUGAACUGCUGGAAAUAUUAGGAAGUAUUAUCAAUGGCUUUGCUUUACCUCUUAAGGCAGAACACAAACAGUUUCUGGUGAAAGUGUUGAUCCCUUUACACACCGUCAGGAGCUUAUCACUCUUCCAUGCCCAGCUGGCAUAUUGCAUAGUACAAUUUCUGGAGAAAGAUCCUUCACUCACAGAACCAGUUAUUAGGGGGUUAAUGAAAUUUUGGCCCAAAACAUGUAGUCAGAAAGAGGUUAUGUUUCUUGGGGAGCUGGAAGAAAUAUUGGAUGUGAUUGAACCUUCACAAUUUAUUAAAAUUCAAGAACCUUUGUUUAAACAAAUUGCCAAGUGUGUAUCUAGCCCCCAUUUUCAGGUGGCAGAAAGGGCGCUCUAUUAUUGGAAUAAUGAAUACAUCAUGAGUUUGAUAGAAGAAAACUCUAAUGUCAUCCUUCCCAUCAUGUUUUCCAGUCUGUAUAGGAUUUCAAAAGAACAUUGGAAUCCGGCUAUCGUGGCAUUAGUCUACAAUGUGUUGAAGGCGUUUAUGGAAAUGAACAGCACCAUGUUUGACGAGCUGACAGCCACAUACAAGUCAGAUCGCCAGCGUGAGAAAAAGAAAGAAAAGGAGCGUGAGGAAUUGUGGAAAAAACUGGAGGAUCUGGAGUUGAAGAGAGGUCUUAGACGUGAUGGGAUAAUUCCAACUUAACAAAAACAAUGGCAGCAACAUUACUAACCUGUGGAGUCACACAUUUAUGUAGUAGAAGAUGGAGCAACAGUUUUCUGUAUUGUGCAACUUUACAGUAGAUUUCACAUUUGUUUCAUUAUUACAACAGCACUGUAUAUACCUGUCUCUAAGUAAAGGAAAAAAAAAAUAAGGACUUCAAUCCAAAGUUUGGACAGUAGAUGGACUUCUCAGAACUUUGCAAACAUAAUCAUUGUUCUUAACCCUUUAAAAAAAAAAAAGAGCAGUUUUCAGAGACCUGUUAAUGAAACUGCUGUUAAAAUUCCAUUGUCGGGAGUUCCUUAUUUAUCAUUAGCAGAGAGUAUGAAACAAUUCUCAAAUGUGAACAAUCUUAAAUUUAGCUUGUCUUUCUGCUAAGCUGUUAAAUGUAUUUAUAGGAAAGGAAGAAAAAAAAAAAGACUGUCAUUUCCAUAUAGGUUUGUAUAACACCCUCUUCUGGAUAACUUGACUGUAAUUUGACAUCUUUUCCUUUUGCACAUCUUCUUGAGUUGAAUGUCCACAUGGAAUGGGGCCGUGAGUUAUAAAGGUCCCAGAUGAGAGUUUUGCUUACUGGAGUGAACAUCUUUCCAGUAGCCAGGUAGUCCUGGUAUUCCUUUAGGUUUAAAAUUUGGAGUAAAAGAGAAGAGGUGAUAAACAUAGUAGGGAAGGGAAUUUUGGAUUCGUGCAGGAGUUUAAGGUGAAUCCAAAUCAAUGUCUUGAAUCCUUUGCAAACAGGCACUGGGACAUCAUAGGCUUCAGUACCUGAGCAGUAUUAAUUGCGUACAUCAUUGAACACACAUACCAGAGAUGUUUUAGGCAUGUCAGAAAACAUCCUUUGGACCAUUUUGAAAUCAGAAAGACAGACACUAAAUAGUACAACCAUGAAAUUGAUCGCCAGGAUUGCGGAUCUAAUUGGGAAUAGAGUUGAGCAAACAGCUUGGACUGUUUGGAGUUGUUGCCUUACUUUUUAAUAUGUAUUUAUAAAGUAUUCCAGCAAAAGAGGAUGUAGCCUCUGGGGAAAAACAAACAUGUUACCGUGUUUUUUGUAGAUUCUCCUAUAUCUCAUCACAGCGCCAGCCCUGUUUUUAGCCAGAAAGGAUUCAGGAUAAACAUUAUUAUGCAUUCUGAAUUGGAUGCGUAUUCCUAACUACUGUAUUUGUUACCAAAAGUGGUUCUACAAAUGCUACUGAAAAAAAUCUGGAAAUUCCUAAUGUCCUGAGUAUUAAUAAUAAAGUUUAAAAAUGCUUUUAUAUCAAAGGUGCAUUGUGACCAAAUUGUUUAAGAAAAAACAAAAACAAACAAAACAAAAUCUAGGGCUGUAUUAUAGCUAUAUUUUAUUGGCUCUUUGCUUUGUAUUUAAAAGAGGACUCUUAACAUCUUGGGGAGAUAAAAAUACUGAUAAAACUGUGUACAGUAUGUACUUAACCUAUUGUGGUUGCGUUAUUAUGUACUGAAAGAUAUGUGUUUGGGGCUUAUUUCCAGGAUGCAUUUGCUUGUUAUGGACAUAGCAGCAGUGAGUUGAUAAUCCUAAACCAUCACUUCAGCAGUCUUCAUGGCAUAGAGCUGAUUCUGUUCAUGUGUUGAAUUGUCAUAGCAGCAAACAUGAACAUAUGAACUGUUGUUGCUCUUAGUAGAAAUAUAAUAUCAAUAUGGGCUUGUAUACUUUCUUCCUUCCAUUUAAAUAUAAAGUAGAAUAUGCAGUUAUAUUGUUUCCAAGAAAAAGAGGGGAAAAAAGGCGGCUGACCUUUCUCCCCUAUUAGGUGUUUCCGGAUUAUCAGGUCACAGUGUGUGUGUAAAGGUCAGCUAAUUAUGAAUACUGUCAUCUCAGCAACUUUGUAAAACAAACAAAACUUGGCAUUGAGAAUUCUGAGAAAGAACCAACAGUAAAAUAGUCAUAUGUAACACCAAACAUAACAUGCUUUAAUGGAAUUCACAGGUUUUUCUUUUUAAAAAAGAACAUUCAUGGGGAUUCAAUGUACAUUUGGCAGAGACUGCCAAAGAUGAAACAACUUCCUUUCAAAGUGCUGGAGCAAAGGUGCAAGUUCAACAACUAAAGAUAAAAAAUAAAUUUAUAACAAAUCCUC